CCGGGCCCGGCAGAUGCCGCGCGCCGCCGGCUGCGGGUGCUGAGCUCAGGACACGCGCAGCCACGCGCCCGAGCCGCCGCCGCACACCGCGGGCCCUGCGUGCCAGGACGUCGGAGGUGGCCGCGAGACAUGCCGCCGGCCCAGAAGCUGCUCAGCCUGCUGCUCCUCACCCUGAUGGGCACCGAACUCACCCAAGUGUUGCCCACCAACCCUGAGGAGAGCUGGCAGGUGUACAGCUCUGCCCAGGACAGCGAGGGCAGGUGCAUCUGCACAGUGGUCGCCCCCCAGCAGACCAUGUGUUCCAGGGACGCCCGCACAAAACAGCUGAGGCAGCUGCUGGAGAAGGUGCAGAACAUGUCCCAGUCCAUAGAGGUUCUGGACAGGCGGACCCAGAGGGACCUGCAGUAUGUGGAGAAGAUGGAGAACCAGAUGAAAGGGCUGGAGUCCAAGUUCAAACAAGUGGAGGAGAGCCAUAAGCAGCACCUGGCCAGGCAGUUCAAGGCGAUAAAAGCGAAAAUGGAUGAACUUAGGCCUUUGAUACCCGUGUUGGAAGAGUACAAGGCCGAUGCCAAAUUGGUAUUGCAGUUUAAAGAGGAGGCCCGGAAUCUGACGUCAGUGCUUAACGAGCUGCAGGAGGAGCUUGGCGUCUAUGACUACGAUGAGCUGCAGAGCAGAGUGGCCAGUCUUGAGGAGAGGCUCCGUGCAUGCAUGCAAAAACUAGCCUGCGGCAAGCUGACGGGCAUCAGUGACCCCGUGACCGUCAAGACCUCCGGCUCUCGGUUUGGGUCGUGGAUGACGGACCCUCUGGCCCCUGAAGGCGACAACAGGGUCUGGUACAUGGACGGCUACCACAACAACCGCUUCGUGCGCGAGUACCGCUCCAUGGCGGACUUCAUGAACACGGACAAUUUCACGUCGCACCGCCUGCCGCACCCGUGGUCGGGCACGGGCCAGGUGGUCUACAACGGCUCCAUCUACUUCAACAAGUUCCAGAGCCACAUCGUCAUCCGGUUCGACCUGAAGACCGAGAGCAUCCUGAAGACGCGCAGCCUGGACUACGCCGGCUACAACAACAUGUACCACUACGCCUGGGGCGGCCACUCGGACAUCGACCUCAUGGUGGACGAGAACGGGCUGUGGGCCGUCUACGCCACCAACCAGAACGCGGGCAACAUCGUCAUCAGCAAGCUGGACCCGGUCUCCCUGCAGGUGCUGCAGACCUGGAACACCAGCUACCCCAAGCGCAGCGCCGGGGAAGCCUUCGUCAUCUGCGGGACCCUGUACGUCACCAACGGCUACUCGGGGGGCACCAAGGUGCACUACGCCUACCAGACCAACGCUUCCACCUACGAGUACAUCGACAUCCCCUUCCAGAACAAGUACUCCCACAUCUCCAUGCUGGACUACAAUCCCAAGGACCGGGCCCUCUACGCCUGGAACAACGGCCACCAGAUCCUCUACAACGUCACCCUCUUCCACGUCAUCCGCUCCGACGAGCUGUAGCCCCCACGACCCCCGCCCGCCCGGAGCCCGGGGCUCCGAGCCCUCGCCCCCCAGGGCACAGCUGCCAAAACACCAAGGCUGAUCUCGCAGACCGUCAGCCGUGUGGACUGGGCCGUGCACCGAGUGGCGGCACGCACCUCUGUGCUCCCCCUCCCACCCCCCAAUUCAAGCCGGCCGCAGACUUGGGAAGGAACCCCUGUGUUUGCAGCUGGAACUGCAGUCCAGGCUUUGCCGGCCGUGCCCCGCCCCGCCCCUGCCCCCUCCCUCCAUCACAUACUCAAGAAGCCAGGCUCUGACUGUUGCCCGGUCCCCACGGAGGACUGCCCACUGUUAGGAUCGCAUGGACCUUGUGCCGAGGGGUGGGUCAGCCCGCCAAGUAAGAUGGCCCGGUUAUCCACGGGGGGCUGGGGGCAGAGCCUGAGGGGCUGCCCGGGUCCGUGUAGGCUAGUGUGACUCACCCCCCAUCGCCUCCCUUGUCUCUUGGCGUGUUGUUGUCUCUUAGAUGAGCUGUGUGGAGGGCCCUGGUAGCUCCGGGCCGUGUCACCCUAGCGCUCAGCGGGCGGGUGGUCGGGGUGCGCGGACCAAGUCCUAGUGCCUGCGUCGUUUGAACUUGCGUAGCCGUAGACGUGUUGUGCAGUGUCGUUGUUGUCCCCUCCAGGUGGUGACUCUGUGUUCAGUUUAUGCAAUGACCGUCGUACAUGCAAUGCCGUAGUUCCGGUCCAUAAAAGGGGGUGGUUUUGUUCCUUAAGAAAAAAAAUAAUAAAGAAGUCAGUGUCGGGUCUGACGGAGACUGACUGACUCCGGUCCGUGUGGCUCAGCCCUGAGCGAGUGUGCCCAUCGUGGCUCUGAAGGGCAUCUCUUGGGAGACCUGGGUUUCCGCUGGGGAGCGGGUGUUCGUGAGGUGCCACAGCGGGAGGACGGGACUCUUUUUAAGUAAAAAACAAAACAAAACUGCAACGGAAGGAGGCUUUGUACUAUCCAGUUAUCUAAGGAACAAUAAAGGAUUAGGAAAUGU